AAGCUCAAAGCAUUUGAUUUAUUAUGCAGCUUCAUUGAGUAGCAUCCAAAUGAUCUCCCGUAACUGGUACACUAGUGCACUAUUUCUACAGCAUGUCAGCCUGCAGUUCCUAAUAGGAAUAAUAUUAAAAGGAAGACCUAUUAAAGUUAUGUCUUCUGUUGAAGAGAAGCCCAAGCCUGAUGCUCAGCCUGACGGCAAGGCGGCAGCAAGCACCAAGUCAGAUGUUGGCAUGGACACCUACAGGAUGUUCGUGUUUGACCGUGAAAACUUCCAGGGCCGUAUGAUUGAAAUCAGUAAUGAGUGUAUGAACGUAUGUGAGAUGGGCAUGGACAAAGUACGCUCCAUUCGCGUCGAAUGUGGACCUUUUGUUGGUUUUGAGCAGAUGAACUUCUGUGGUGAGAUGUACAUCCUGGAGAAAGGCGAAUAUCCUCGCUGGGACUGCUGGAGCAACUGCCAGAGGAACGACUAUCUGCUCUCCUUCAGACCUGUCCGCAUGGACCCAGAGAAACACAAGAUCUGUCUGUACGAGGUUGGCGACUAUAAGGGUCGAAAGAUGGAGAUAAUCAAUGACGAUGUGCCCAGUCUGUACUCCUACGGCUUCACUGACCGAGUUGGCAGCAUCAUGGUCAGCUGUGGAACCUGGGUGGGCUACCAGUACCCAGGCUAUCGUGGCAGUCAGUACCUUCUGGAGAAGGGUGACUACAGGCACUUUAAUGAGUACGGUGCCCGCUGGCCGCAGAUGCAGUCUGUGAGGCGUGUUCGUGACAUGAAGUGGCACCCGGACGGCUGCUACACCAUGGCCACCAAGUGAGGGUUCGAGAGGAUGGGAAAGAGAGGGAGAGGUGGGGAGAGAAAGAGAGGGUGUGGAGCUGAGGGGGGAGGGGGAGGAACAAGGGACAAGAAAGAGAGAAGGAUCAUGCCAUCCAUAUAAGGGAAAGAGGAAGAGAGGAAUGGGUUGUGAGUGUGUGUAACAGUACAAAUCAUGGUUGCUGACCAUAGAUACUGAUAGUAUGUUUGUUAAGCGUAGGAUGGCACACUCUUUUUCUCUCUCCUAUCUCCUAUCUCACUCUUUUCUUCUCCUUUCUCUUCCUGUUCUCUCUUCCUUAUCCUCCUCUUCCUCAUCCUCAAAUCAAUUUUAAUCUUCUGAGUAAAAUCAAGCAAAUCACUUCACACUCUUUUCUCAAAAAGGGGGUGGGAUCGGGGGAUAUGAUUGACAUGGAUGGGUAUGAAAAGGGUGAAAGACCAUAUAAAAAACCCUCAUCCUUAUGAAAUAAAAAGAAACAUGUGGCAUCACUCUGUUCUGUGUUAUUCAUAGCUUCAGCAAUCCUAAUACCUUCUUAGACCUAUAUUUCUGACAUAAACUACAACUUCGUAUAAAAAUAAAAACUGGAGUUAGAUUUUCCUGAAUGCCUCUAGCCAUUAUCUAAACUCGCACAGGCUUUGAUCUUAGAGAAGCAGUUUGUAAAUGUGAAAGCCCUCUGCUGCAUGUGAGGCAAAUUUGAAAUGAAAAUGAAGACUCUGACUGUUCUGGCUUUUCCCUUUAACCAAACAUAUUUCACUUCCUUUGAUUAUACUACACAUGCAUUUUACUUUAUCUAACCUCUCUUCUGGCCUCUCUUCUACACGAUUUCUGUUCCUGGAAAUCCAAGGCACUACUGUGAAUAACAGUAUCUUCACAAUUAAAUGAUUAGCCUAGGUCUGUAAACUCUUAAAUGGUGCACACUGCAGCAUUAAAUUUUUACAAUUCACGGAAAUCCUGUUUUCAAGAUUAGUUCUGUAAUGGACAAUGAAUUGCAUGAAUAAAGGUGCCUAAAUAUUUACUCAAAUGAGGAAAUACAGACUAUGAAUAUGUGAAUAUGUAAACACCGCAAACCUUCAAGCUCCAUCUUUUCACUAGCAAACUAGUGUUGCAUUACCUGUAAAAUAACAAAAACAUUUCUUAUCAUAUAUCUUUAGUCUGCACCCUCUUUUCAUAAAAUAUUGAAGCAAUGUUUUACUGCAGUGACAAUUUAAUCAUUUUAUUUUUAAAUAAAGAUUUAGGUGACUUUAAUACAACAAUUAUAUUGUACAUUAUCCAAAUAGUCUGUAACUACCAACUGUUGAAAUAGCAUUUUGUUCGGUAUUUUACUUUAUGAAUGUCUUGAUAGUUUCAUUCUUUUUUUUAAAUAAUUGAUGUUCUGUACCCAAAUACAAUUAUAGCCCAAAUUUUCUGUUAGGUAUCUAAAUACCUAUCAAACAUUCAAUUAAAAGACAUCAUUGAAUAAAGUGUCAGCUAUUUCAUAUAAUCUUUAGAAACUAGGACCAUCAUCAGCCUUGUCAUGGGAGGUGGAAACAGGCAAAGUACGGGAUUGGCAAACAGUGUGAUGUAUGAUGGGUAUACACCUAACUAUCCAGGCUAUACACCAUACACUCAACUAUCCCAUGAAGGCCUAUUUGAUAAACCUGGAAAUUUGCUGUCCAAUAGGGCUCUGGUGAAGUUGGGAGAGUUAAUCACCAUCUCAGGAGCUAGAACAUGAUUACAGAAUCAUCCACAUUGAAAUGAAAUCAAUGACCUAAGUUAACAAAGUCAUAUGGAAGUUGUUCAAGUAUUUCCUAUGUCAUGUGAGAAGCAAAUGUAUUCAAGAGGUGUUCAUACACAUGCAUUUAUAAAGGAGGUCUCAUACAGUGCAGCAUCUUAAUACACAGUUCUGAUAGCUCAUUAGAACACAUCAUUCAGAGCCAUGGUUCUCAAAGUGGGGUCAAGCCUAGCUUCACAGAGGCUCCGUGAUUUUCUUAUUUUGUUAUAGUGGUGGAAAUCACAACUUACCAUUAUUACAGUUAAACCUCACUCUUUAGUGUCUCCCAGAUGAGAAUGGGUUCCUUUUGAGUCCUCUCAAGGUUUCUUCCUCAUAUCAUCUCAGGGAGUUUUUUCCUGCUACAAUUGCCUCACGCUUGUUCAUUAGGGAUAGAUAUUAAUUUAAUUUAAAGUUUUGUCAUUUUUAUUCUAUUUUUUUUUAUUUCUAUAAAACUUUGAAACACUUUCCAUUGUUAAAAGCACUAUACAAAUAAAAUGCACUUGAAAUGAAGUUCAUAGUAUCAUACAAGAUUUGCCCAUGAGCAUGAUUUCGGAAUUGUUAUGAUUUCGGAAUUGUUUCCUUCCUGUUAGCCCUUUAUCAUUUCAUUAUGGUGCACAAACGGAUUGUGUCACUGGUCAACUCUCUAUAAUUGUUUUCCUGAAUACAAACAUCAUUUGGUCAUGGAUUAGGUUAUAAACGCUAAAUUAUCUCUGGAAGAUCCAAAACAGACCAGGAUCACUAACUAGUUAUCAUUAGCACUGCCAACCUGUGUUGCCAAGUAUGUGUGGGUUCUCCACAAAACUCAGCUAAUGUUGACCUGCUGCCAUGGGUAGAAUUUUUUUAUUUCUGGGUGGGUGGUUGGACUUUUGCUCAUAUAAGAUGUAUUAUAUCUACAAGAAACAGCUUUGCAAUGUAGUCUGUUGUUACAUCUGCCAAGAACAAAACUGCUUGCUAAUGUUGUUCAAAGUGUAAUGUGUGCAAAGUAAAAAGUAUAUUU